AUGACAAACUUCAAUCUACAAACACAAUGUGAGACAAUUUUACACUUCUGGAAUAACGGAACGCGUUCUGCAAGAUCUGCAAGAGAAAUCCACAAGACAACAAAGAUUCCAAUUCGUACAAUAUAUAAUAAUACUCAAAAAACUCAACGAAACUG